UAAUGCAAAUAUCGGUGGCUUAGAGCACUGAUUUGAUUUGAAGAAUUUGCACUUGCUUUGCGUACGCUUGUUCCAGAGGCUGCCUGCAUAUAUAGAGCGACGGAUGUCUUUCUGGUGUACAUCGAACAUAAGCAACUCCAAGUUAAUUAGCAGAGCGAGAAGCUUCGUAGUUCGUUGCAUUCCUUAAGAGUAUCUGAUUUGAAUGGCUGAAGAGAACAGGAGUGAUACAUGGCAACCUUAUGUUGCAAUGCUAGCAAUUGAGCUUGCCUUUGCCGUAGUAAAUGUACUAUUCAAGAAAGCGCUUGAUGAGGGAGCGAACCCUUUGGUCCUCAUCACAUACCGGCUUUCUAUUUCGACCAUUUUUUUGGCUCCAAUCAGCUACAUUUUGGAAAGGAAUAGCAGGCCGAAGCUGACGUUUAGAAUUUUGUGUUACUUCUUCUUCAGCGCAAUGCUGGGGGCGUCUCUCAGUCAAUAUCUCUUCCUCUUCGGAGUUCAACGAACAUCUGCAACAUUUUCGUGUGCGUUCCUAAACUUGGCCCCCGUCAUGACGUUCGUUGUGGCCUUACCAUUCAGGAUGGAGGUUGUGGACAUAAGAAGCAGCAGCGGAAUAGCCAAAGUGCUGGGUUCAAUAGUGUGCAUUGUCGGUGUCUUGACACUAUCUCUCUACAGAGGAAGCUCUUUGCUCAACCAUCCGCAGUUGACUUCGCAUCCUUUUAGUCCCGCUGCGAGGCUCGGGGCGACGAGGAGCACAGCCAGAUGGGUGAUGAGUUCCAUGGCAUUGUUUUUAGGGACCUUAUUGUGGUCAUGUUGGUUCCUAGUUCAAUCCAAUAUUGGGAAAUUAUACCCUUGCAAGUACACCAGCACAGCCUUCAUGUCCUUCUUCGGUGCACUCCAAUCUGCUAUGUUAGCGGGCUUGACGCCGGGAAGGAGCCUCUCCGUUUGGGUUCUCAAGGGCAAAGUCGAGAUACUCACCGUCGUUUUUGCCGGAAUGGUGUGCUCGGGAUUGUGCUACGUGGGGAUGUCGUGGUGCGUCAAGAAAAGGGGUCCCGUGUUCACGGCGGCGUUCAGCCCCCUCGUUCAGAUAUUCGCCGCCAUGAUCGGCAUCCCCGCCCUCCAAGAGCAGCUUUAUCUAGGAAGCCUGUUGGGAUCUGUUCUUGUGAUCGUGGGACUGUACGUUCUUCUGUGGGGCAAGAACAGAGAGAUGCACGAGAGUAUCGAGAAAAAGGCGCAGCCGGUUCAAGACAUUGAGGAUCAAGAAGCAACAGUGGAAGCAGCAAAGAAGUAGCACAUGAAAGAAAGUCACUUGAUCUUCAUGAAAUUUUUCUGUUUUUCUGAUGAGUUCAAGUCGGACGACAGAAUGGUUAGUCGCAAUCCGAAAAUGGGUUGUUUCGGAUUGCGACGCCUGUUCGUGAAAUUGUCACCAUUAGCAUCGUCAAGCAUGUAUACCUCGCCGAUCGUUCGAAGUAAUGCCAUUGGUUUCGGCAAAUAUUAAGUGAUUGAAUUGAAUUUCUCAUGGUGCAACAUAA